AUGUCCGCCGCCGAAGAUUUCGAGGAGGCGCCGCCUCCGGUGACGGUGCUGCUGCUGCGCUCGCCCGUAUCGAUGUCCAAGGGCACCGCCCCCUGCUCACCUUGGCUCGUCGGAUACACCGACCUUGCCAUUGCCUGUGCCAAGACCAGGCCCACGCGGGCAGAGCUUACCACGGUGGAUUCAGCACACAGUCAUCAUCUCGGCCUCGCCGACGCUUCUUUUCUGCUGAACCUCGUCUCGAAGCCUCGGGGCGCGUCCGACGACACCAUGUCCGCCGCCGAAGAUUUCGAGGAGGCGCCGCCUCCGGUGACGGUGCUGCUGCUGCGCUCGCCCGUAUCGAUGUCCAAGGGCACCGACCCCUACCACGACGCUUUCGGCUCCUUCUGCCUCCCCUCGUUUGCCUCGUCGGCGCUCGAGUCUGGCACUUCCACGCCACUCCCCAGCCUAUCCGCCAGCGGCAGAUCCUCGCUCGCAUCCACCGCAGAGAGCGGCGCGCUCGAUCUCAUCAAGACCGCACUCAGCCAGCAGGCAGCCAUCGCCAACAACAUCACCACCUCGGCCAAGCAUGCAUCCUCGGCCGCACCACUGCCGCUGUCGGCGACGGGCAGACGCAAGGGCAAGUUCAUCCACGACCAGCCCCGCCUCAUGACCCAUCAUCUCUCCUACCCUUCCGAUGCGAACGGCGAUGAGGUCGAGAUCGAGUACUGCGUCACUUCCUUCCCCAUCCUCUCCCAUCGAUUCGUACACCAGCAAGAAUUCGUCGAUCGUCUCUUGCACGGCUCUCGCUCCGACGACUCCAAACCAGCCGCGCCGUAUCGCGGCAUGAUCGUCACCAGCCAGCGUGCCGUCGAAGCCUACAUCUCGGCAGGAGUCAAGGCGCAGGACAUGCUCCGCUCCAACAACAAGACCUCCUCCAGCUCGCCCACCCAGUGGAAUCGCGUCCCCUUCUUUGCCGUCGGCCCCGCCACCGCUUCCGCCCUCCGCUCCGUGCCUCUCGCUCCUUGGCUCCGUCCUCGUCUCGUCAUGGGCGGUGAGGCCACCGGCACCGGAGACGCACUCGCCCGCUACGUCGUCCGUCACUUCUCCACCCCCGCCAUCCUCGACGAAAAGUCCGACACGCCGCCAUCAUCCCAACCGCUUCCUCUGCUUUAUCUGGUCGGAGACAAGAACGCAUCCACCAUCCCGGACCUGCUCUCGCAGGCAUCUCCCCCACACGGCCCCAUCCCUCACGAAGAGCUACAAGUCUACGAGACUUCGCCCGAUCCUCACUUUGCUGAAGGCUGCGAGGUCCUCGCAAAUACGCUCCCCUCGGUCGUAUCGCGUCCACCAAGCCGGCGCCCAAGCAACGGCAGCAUGCACUCGCGCCCCGGUAGCAGACGUCCCAGCGGCGGAAGCACCACCUCGGUCGAUCGUCACCCCUCCGUUGCACUCAAGAGCGCCAACGCAAGCCGCAAAUCCAGCUCCGACGAUCUGCGCGAAUCCAGUCGCACCGCCUCGCAACACAGUCUCAGCCACGUACCCUCGGUCGGCACGCCUCUAGGCGUCAGCACCAUGACCUCCACCGAGGCCGUCCAUCCUCGCAUCGACACAAAGAGCAUCACCGCCGCCGUCGGAGGCUCGCCACAGCUCAUGGCUUCCCCCGCCACAAUCGAGCCCGAAGCCAUCAACCCCAUCGAGGAAGAAUCCGUGCUCAAAACGCUCAGAGCCAAGGCCAAGGCAGCCGGCCACGACAGCUCAAGCGGCACCGACAGCAGCACCACGCACAGUCGACAGACCAUCGCCAGACCAGACUGGAUCGUCUUCUUCUCGCCCAGCGGAGUCAACUACGCCCUCGAAGAGUUUCGUCGCCGAAAAUGGAUGCCGCCAGAGCGAGCCUCGACCGCAUCCUCUGCCGACGCGUCGGCUACUGCCACAUCGUCCAUCGCCGCCAAGACCACCGUCACCUCUCAUUCGGCCUCUCGCAAGUAUCCGCGCAUCGCCGUCCUUGGAAGCACCACACGCGCAUGGAUGGUCGACAACCUCGCAAUCGAGCCCGACGCCGUCGCCACCAAACCCGGCCCCAAAGAGCUCAAGGACGCCAUCGAAGCGGUCGAGCUGCGUCUCCGAUCGCGAGCCUAG